AUGAUAUUGAGGUGUGAAGAUUUCUGGCUGGAGUGGAAAGAGCUGCUAUCACGCUGCCUGGCCACAGAGUCUGUGUCAUCCCUAGAGGGCGACUGUGACCCCUCUAGCACUGGGCUGGACUGUGUAUGUUAUGGGCUGGGAAGCUUCUCUUCCUGCAUCUCUUCUCGAUACCAGCUGGCUAUGCUGCUACUGCUGCUGGACACACUAAGGAUUCCUCCAAGCCACUGCAGUGUGUUUGACCCUGUCUUCACUCCAGUGGAGUGUGAGGUGCUGAAGACCCUUGGCUUCACUGUAUUAUCAGAGAAUGAGGAGGGGAAGAGGGCAGCAUCCAGGCCAACGCUCUUUUACCUGAUGCACUGUGGGAAGGCCUUGUACAAUAACCUGCUGUGGAAGAACUGGAGUCUCCAAGCCCUGCCUCGGCUCACCAUCUUGGGCAACAGCUUCCGCGGCAUUCAGGAGAGGAUGGUCCAGAGAGAACUUCAGAGAGACUACAGCUUCAUUGCUGAUGUGCUAAGUGCAUGUGAGGAAACGGCCCUGCCUUGCUCCCCACGCUUCCUGGAUGUAUUCAACGACACUGCCUUGUUGCGCUUUCUACCACAGCGCCUGAACAGCCUGCCGCCACACACCUGGACAGAUCCCCCUGAGCCACAGUACCUGCACUGUGAGGACCUUGAGAUCAUACAGAGGGACCAGGGCAGCUGAGGGCUGCACUGUGGGCGCAUGGAGAUCAUACAGAGGGAACAGAGGAACUUAGAACUGCUCUGUAAGGACUUGGUGAUCAUACAGGGGGACCAGGGAAGCUGAAGGAGAGGAGAAACACACCCUGUAGAAACAGAAUGGCCAGAUCUUUGCCUUUAUCAAACGUUUCCCUGCUCUGUGAGCCACUCAUUUUCAGCAGCUGAGUGUCAUAGGCAAUUGUGGGAAACUCAUGGAUUAUUCUCUGUGGAAAGUGACUGUAGGAGAAUCGAUUGGAUCGAGGCCAUGGACUGCUGUUACCUGCAGAUGUGUCAUAUCAAAUUACCUCGGUUUUGUUUGUACUGUUUUUCUGGGUUUAGCUUUUUUUGUGGGUUUAGCUUUUUUGUACCAAAUACUGCUUCCAGCCUUUUUUAUAUCAAGCACCUGUUUUUCAUCCCUCUGACCCACCUUGCCUUUUAGGCUUUCUUGAGUUUCCUGAUGAAAAUGUAGUGGAUGUAAUGUAGUAGUGUAGUGUAGGCUCUGAGCUUAAACCCAGUCUACAUAUUGCAACUGUGUGAUUUACGCCAAGCUAACCAUGACUUCUGCUAAAAGCCAUUAAUUUGUUUAAUGAACCCACUGUAUCUGAGAACGUUAUGCAGACACACAAUUACCUAGUAACCCAAGUAAAGCUCAUUUGGUGCAUCAUUUGCAGUGGUUCAUAACCUAAUAAGUAAAGGCAAUGGCACAUUUUGAGGAAUCAACACUCUUUAUUGCAAAUCAUCAAAUCAUCAGGAAUACAGCAUCCCCC